UUACGAAUUUUAUUAAAAUGAAGCUGUGGGCUUGGGGAGCAAACUCGCACGGUCAAGUGGGAGUUGGAAUCAUUAAUGAACAAGUAGAAAAACCAACUAGGGUUGACCUACCAGAGUCUUGUAACAAUAUAAAACAAAUAUCAUGUGGUGGAGGCCAUACUCUUCUCCUAGACAACGAAGGUAAACUUUACUCAUGUGGAUGGAAUUUAAAUAAACAACUAGCGAUUGAUGACGAAAGUUUAAAAGAAUCUGCAUCAUUUAAAAGAGUGUGGUGUCUCAGUGGUAUCACAUUCACAAAUAUAACUACAGGAUGGGACUUCAGUGGUGCAGUCUCUAAUGAUAAUUUUUUAUUUGUGUGGGGUUCAAAUAACAAUGGACAAUUGGGACUACCCAAAGCACAUUUUUCUGAACUUCAGAAACCAUUUAGGUUACAAGUAAAUGCAUGUUCUAUGUCGAUGGGUUUGAGGCACACUGCUAUUAUUAAUUCUAAAGGUGAAGUAUGGGUCACAGGAUGUGGAAAACAUGGACAACUAGGUCUUGGAAAGGAGAUUUUACUUUCAGAUAGAUUUCAAAAAGUUCCUAAUAUUGGUAAGAUAUCUCAUAUUGCAUGUGGGCAAAAUCAUACAGUUGCUUGGUCAACCAAAGAAAAUGCUUUAUAUGUAUGGGGUGAUAAUAAACAUGGCCAGUUAUUACAGCGUUGCAGUACAAAACUUUGGCUAAGAAAUGUUUAUGAACCUCAAAAAAUUUACAUAGGCAUAAAAAAGAAAGUCAGAAAGUUGUUAAGUGGAUGGACAAACAUACUGAUAUUACUUGAAAAUAGUACAAUUCUUACAUGGGGUCGUAAUAAUUAUUCCCAGCUUGGUACUGAUGAACCAUUUACAGGAAAAUUAAUUACUAUAAACCUCCCCGAUAAUAGAGAAGUAAAAGAUGUAGCGAUGGGUUCAGAGCACACAAUAUGCUUGGCUGAAGACAAUACUUUAUGGGCAUGGGGUUGGAAUGAGCAUGCCAAUACAGGCAUUUCACUUGAUCCAAUCAUACAUUGUCCAACUUUAGUGCCCUUUGAGUGUGAUGGAAAUAUAAUACAAAUUUAUGCAGGGGGCGCACAUAAUUUUAUAGUAACCCAAGAAAAAAAUAAUGAAGAAUAA